AUGAAAAUGUUCAUAAAAAGGAGAAGAGAAUAUGACAGGUUUCCGCCUUGCAAACCAUUUCCUAUAUUUGAGAAAGCUCAAUGGCCAACAGUUGAAGAUUUGCUGUCUGUGCAGGUGAAGGUUCACAAAAGUCGCAAAGAACUAGGCCAUGUUCUAGAAGAUAGCAAAACAGCUAUAGAGGAAUUGAACAGGCUUGUCAGUGGAAUCCUGAUUGUUAUUAUGAUUAUAGUGUGGUUGAUUUUGACGGAAAUCGUAACAACCAAAAUGCUAGUCUUCCUCUCAUCACAGCUUGUGGUGGCAGCUUUUAUGUUUGGGAAUGCUUGCAAGACUGUAUUUGAAGCUCUCAUAUUUGUGUUUGUGAUGCAUCCAUUUGAUGUUGGUGACCGUUGUGUUGUUGAUGGCGUUCAGAUGAUAGUGGAAGAGAUGAAUAUUUUGACUACAGUAUUCUUGAGAUAUGAUAAUGAGAAGAUAUAUUAUCCAAACUCGGUUUUGGCUACCAAGCCUAUCAGCAAUUUCUACAGAAGCCCGGACAAUAUGGGCGAUUCCUUCGAGUUCUCCAUCGACUUCAACACAAAAGUGGAAGUGAUCGGGAGACUGAAAGAUCAAAUAAAAGAGUACAUAGAUAGUAAUCGUAAACACUGGCAUCCAACUCACAGUGUCGUGGUGAAGGAGAUCGAGAACAUGAACAAGAUAAAGAUGGCUCUCUAUUUUAAUCACACAAUGAACUUUCAAGAAUAUGGAGAGAGGAACAAGCGGAGAUCUGAGCUGGUUAUGAAGAUGAAGCAAAUUUUUGAAGACCUGAACAUAAACUAUUCUCUCUUGCCCCAAGAAGUUCAGAUUGUUGAGUCACAGAAAACCACAGUUGGGACUAGAAGAUGAUUAUGACUGUGGUGAUGGGUUCUACAGAAUCAAAAAGUCCAUUUCCCAUUUUAAGUGUCUUGAGUCAAAUACAUUGUAUCAGAAAAUAAAUGUAACAGUCAAGCUUGUUUAAAGUUAAGUAUCCUUGGACAUUUAUGGUUACUCAGUUCUGUAGGAAGGUUCAUUUUACAGUUGUCCAAUGAGUAUUUCUGCCUUGAAG